AUGUCUCCUAGAAUUGGAGUCUUCCCCGCCUCUGGUGGCCUUGGAACAAGCAUCGUCAAUCACCUUACCAAACUCGUCUCAGCGUCUCAAUUAGUCUUGAUCGCACGCAACCCGGAUAAAUGGACCAGACUAGGUCAAGCUGGUGCCACAUUGCGAAAAGCAGACUAUGACCAGCCCUCUACCCUCGAUAAUGCCUUUGAUGGAGUGGACGUCCUGAUCCUCAUUUCAUAUGCAUCCUUCGAGAUCAGACGCCGAGUGGAAGUCCAUCAACUAGCAAUUCAAGCUGCGAUAAAAAGUGGCGUGAAACACAUCUUUUACUCAUCUCUGGGUUUCGCCGGCGAUCUCACCGACCACAGUGUAGCUCAUGUCAUGGGCGCACACCUCGAAACAGAGCGGUUUCUCGCGGAAAUCACGGAUAAAGUCACGUAUACUUCCGUUCGGGAAGGACUUUAUUCUGAAUCGUUCCCAAUUUACACGGCGUGGUUAGAUCCCGCUAAUCCUCCUACCGAAAUCACUAUUCCGCACUCGGGAGCUGGACCGGGAGUGUCAUGGGUCAAACGGGACGAGCUUGGUGAAGCGACCGCGAAAUUGAUUGUUGGUUACAUCGAUCAACCUAAGAAAUUCGAUUACUUGAACAAAAAGGUAUUGCUCACGGGUCAACGGGCAAUUUCUCUUGCUGAGACGGUGGAUAUCUUGGGUCGUGCAAUUGGAAAACCUCUCAAGAUUAGGGAGAUUUCUGUUGACGAGUAUGUCCGGCUUACUCAAAUCGGGGACAAGCAUACGUACCAUGGAGUUAACCUUUCGAGGGAGUGGGCUACCGCUUGGGAGGCCAUCAAACAAGGAGAAACGGCUGUGGUGUCACCGGCGAUCAAGGAGAUCCUUGGACGGGAGCCAGAAAGCUACGAAAAUACUAUCCAAGCUUUGAUUAGAUGA